UAUGGGCUCAUUACACACUAAUUGACCGUUCAUCAAGCAGCAGACCAGCUACCGUAGUCCAGCGAAGACAGAGUCAAGCCUCGAUUCAACACAAUGUUUACUAAGGUGUCCAUCAUUGCAGUCUGCAGCCUGUUCGCUGUUGCAUCCGCCGAACCACACGUUCUCGCUCCCGUUGGACCUGCCGUUGUCACCGCCCAAAGCUCACAGGUGUUUGCCCGGACGUACAAUGGAAUCGUGCCCUUCGCAGUUCCAGCUCCCGUUCCUGCUCCCAUUCCCGCUCCUGCCUACCACUUCCAUACUCCCGCCUUCGUCCUACCGGCCCCACCAGCACCCGUCUUCUACCCACAGCCAGUCGUGUACAACCCACCGGCGGCCGUCCCAGUUCCGGUGCCGGUUCCUGCCGCCCCGGCUGCCGUAGUACCGACGGUGGUGGCUGCUGCUCCGGCGGCGAAGCUGGUGGCUCCGGUGGCUAAGGUUGCAAAGCUCGUACGACCGUUCCAUGCCACGUUCCGCUAUCGAUCGGUCGUUGCCUCGAAGACAUCAGUUACCACUCAGCAAUCUAACAAAGCAAGCUUUUGCCUUUCGAACAUCAGUUCUCCUCAAACCCACCCUAUAAGCAUCAUGUCUGCCAAAAUUGUGAUCUGUCUGGCUGUGUGCGUGUUCGGAGCCGCUUCCGCCGGUGUUGUCCCGAUUGCGGCACCUCUGGCUGCGGCCGGAGUGGUAGCUCCGUACGCCACCUCCUACAACGCACACACCGUCAACCAUGCUGUGGCGGCACCAGUCGUUGCGGCUGCUCCGGCCGUCGUUGCUGCUCCCGCUGCACGCUUCGUAGCUCCGGCUGCUCCGGCUCUGGCCUACACCGCUGCCGGACUUCCAGCUUACAGUGCCUAUGCGGCCGCCGCUGGACUGCCCGCCUUCAGCCCAUACUCGGCCUACACCGGUCUGCCAGCACCGUACGUUUUCUAAGCUGCAUCAGAUCGGAGAGUAUUGCCAGCAACAGUCACACGAUGGCUAGACUGAAAGGGUUCUGACGAGACGACGUGAUUGUUCACACUAUCGCCCUCUUCCUGUUGCCUUCUAUUGUACAUACAUUGCUUCCUGCUUAACUCAAUUUUGUUAUGAACAUAAAUUACAACCCCUCGUAGAAGGGAUAUUCCACAAAA